CUCUCCCCUUCGGAGGGAAGACCGUCCGCCAGGUCUCUCCCUGGGGAUCCCUGGACGCUCCGCAGGCGCCGCCUGUAGCCGCAGCAUGCCCUGUGGCCAGUGCAGUUGGCAGGGCCCUGGCAGUCUCAUCCGGGUGGCGGCCAGUUAUGCCAGUGCACACCCUUGGCAGCAGAUGGACCAGGCCUCUCCUGAGGUGGUAUGUAGCCCCCUGGAUCCCUGGGUUGAGCAGCCUUGCUGUGGGGACCUUGCAUGCCAGCGUACAACCGUGGAGUAGAAGAGCACAGCUGGUGGCACUCCCAGUGGUAAGCCUGCAGUAUGGGGUCCCCAGGGUGGGGGCAGACCUGGCUCCUGGCCCCUCAGGAUGGACUUCCACUGGGUGCUAGGUUCAGAUGGGCACCUCUGACUGCCCUCUUGGCCGCUGGACCGGUUUUUGGCCCAACUGGGUGAUUACAUGUUCUUUCACUUUGAGCACUACCAGGACAGCCUCAGCCGUGUCUGAGAUCCUUGGACACCUGACCGGCGAUUCUUGGUAUGGGCAGCCCCCCUCGACGGGGAGCCACCCCUGCCUGAUGAUCAUGAGCUCCUCUGGGAGGAUCGAGACCUGGACAGUUUUGCUGAGUACCAUGUGCUGUGCCCUUUGCCUGUCCUGGCCUCAAGCCAGCAGCCAGUGGCCCCACAGCAGCCUGUGGUGAGGCAGAACCUAGCCUGGUUCUUAGGGGCCCUGGCACUCAGCAUAGGUUGCCUCCCGGCCUGCCCAGCUGCUCUGGGCACCCUCUUGGUUUCUCAGUCCAGCUCUCCAUUCAGAAGUGCAGUGCCUGAGCAGUAGCAUGGCGAGGAGAGAGUCGCUGGGCCUGUGGGGCCUGUCCUGCCCAGCUCUACAUGUGGCUCAGACCUGGGUCUGCACAGCCCCAUCCUGCCCAGUGCCUCAUGUAGCUGAGACCUGGGUCUGUGCAGCCCCGUCCUGCCCAGCUCUGCAUGUGUUUCAGACCUGGGUCUGCAGGACCAGCCUGCUCCCAGCCAGAAGACCAUACCUGUCCCUACCCUUUCAAGAUCUACUAACCCCACCCCCACCCAGAGACCAGACCCAGCUUUCCCAGGGGAUCCAAAGCCCCAGAAAACAAAGAAGGCUUCUGAGACAGGCAGCCCAGGAAGUGUGCUCAGGUACCUCCCAGGA